CGAUUGCAUCACCGGUUCAAGAUGGAGCUCCGGAGCUUGGAUCCUUUUCCAAAAAUUGCGACUCGAAAUCGCAUCAGCACAACGCGAUUCUGGUCCGCAUCGGUCCCAGCGCGAAAGUCGUUGCCCAGCGACUACCUGCAUUCCUCCUGUCACCAAACGGCAACGAUUUGAACCACAGACGCCAGCCUAACCGAGUCUUGGUGUCAAUUGCGACCUCACCUCUGGCGCCAGAAAGCGCCGACGCACUGCGCCCUGCGCCCGGAAUCCUCGGCGUCCGGAAAGAAACUACCGGAGGCGCGGAAUCCAAGGCCUCAACAGGCGGUAGAAAGCCUUGACAGACAGUCGGCUUUCUCGCCUUGUUGAGUCCUCCAAUCACUCUAGUUACUCCUACAGUCCACCUGAGGUGCCAUGUUUCGAUCAACGUUCGGAGCGCUCAAUGUGCUCUUGAGGGGAGGCGCAGCCAGGGGGAUUCUUGUGCGGGAUAUCAUAGGCAGAGCACCAUGGGCGCGUAGCUUGUUGAAGGGCCAGGCCGUCCCCUGGCGGCAGAAGGCGCUGGUGUCGCAACUCAGCGCCUCGAGGUUCACGGCUACUCGAACAGUACCGAGGCGCUGGCCUUUCCGAUCCCCAUUUUCAGCGCCCAAACGUCCCUUCCACUUUUCCCGCGCUCGUCGGGCAGAAAACGGGAAGGCGGCUGCCGAAGAAUCACUAUCGUUCAGCGCGCGAAUGAAGAAGUUGUCGAGAGAAUACGGUUGGACGUCGGUCGGAGUGUACCUGGCGUUGUCUGUCCUGGAUUUUCCCUUUUGCUUUCUACUUGUGAGGACGGUGGGCACCGAAAAGAUUGCUUACCUUGAGCAUCUCGUCGUGGAUAAUGUGAAAAGGCUUAUUCCCGAAAGCGUACAAAACUUUUGGCGUGAUUACCGAGAGGCUGCCAGGCAAAAGAGCCAAGAGAAAAUUGGAGAGACGGGCGAGGUCGUGGUAAUCGGCCAUGGGGUAGCGGAAGCCGAGGAGAGGAGCAAGCAAGACGGGGCCAGCUUGGCUACACAACUUGCUCUCGCAUACGCCAUUCACAAGAGCUUCAUCUUCGUCCGCGUCCCCCUGACGGCUGCUGUCACACCGAAAGUGGUCAAGGUGCUCAGGUCGUGGGGAUGGCAGAUCGGUAAGAGGAAGGCCAAGCGGGUAACCUGAGUGCAUUAUAGUUUGGAGCUGUUUGAAUGGGGGUUGAGCAUUUGGCUGGCGGCUUCGGCGUUUAGAUAUACGGAAGACCAUCUCCUCAUAGACUGUAGCACCACCUUGUACAGCUGUCCGGUGCUGUGGCUGACUCGGCAACGGGUCUCUCACUACAUCGAUAUGGCAGAUGAUCACCAUUUCCAUUCAUAGUCAGUGGACGGGCAGCAUUGAGGAUACCAUUCACAGGCGGGGCCUAAGCAGAGCUAUAAAUCUUAAUUAUCCCGCGCGUUCUGGAGGAUAUUCGCAGGCGGACGUAUGUGAUAGGUCAUACCAUAGGUUGAGCUGAAUGCUCAAAAUAUUGCUGAUAGGUCGUGGAC